CCUUUACCCCCUUUUCCCUUUUAUAUAUAUAUUAUAUAUAUUAUACAUAGUUUUUUUUUUUUUUUCUACUUUGCACAUACAAAGUCAUUCAUUCAUUCUUACACCUCCUUCCUUCCCUUUUGUGUUGUCCCUUCAGAAGAGGUUAUGAAACGUUCUUCUUCUGACGAUCUUCAUAUACGUUUACACAAAAAACCUUACUCUUCUACUCAUUCCUCUUUGUCUAAUACCAAAAGCAAUACAACAUCUGAUAUUCAAUCUGAUACUACUGGUUCACUUAUCACUGACAACAAGAAUAAUAAUAUGGACGUCAUAAAAUAUGUUCAUGAAAUGGUACGCCAUUUGGAUCAAGGAAAUAUUGACCACUGUCUUAGUCAAUCUUUACCUGAUACUCUUCAAGAUAAAGAAACUAUGGAUCCCACUCAAUUAGAAAUGCUUCAGUAUAUGGAUUCUGCUCUCAAGAAUAUAGCUCAUCGUCAAUUACAAUUGGAAACUGAAAACUUACGUUAUAGGAUAGGAAUGGAACAUCAACAUUUAUUAUAUAAAUCUAAUGGACUAGAUGACUCAACACCUACACCAACACCUGUUCUUGAAGAAGAAGAAGAACAACGACAACAAGAUAGAACAAAUCGUAGAUAUCAAUAUCCUUCUUCUACAAUCACUUUGGAUUCUGCAAACGUUACUCCUGAAGAAAAUAUGCCACCUUCUUUAUUGGAUUCUUCAUUGGUCGAUAAAAUGCAUGCUUUUCAACCAAUUCCUCCUUUGCCUACUGUAUCACAAUCUUCUACUUAUUUUGCUCCUUCAUCUACUACUCAUUUCUCAACUACUACUUCUGGACUUACUACUUCUUCUUCUUCUGCUACUACUGGUACUAGUACAACUACGACUACUCCACCUUUGCCAUUUAUUAUAUCAUCAACUGCUUCUGCUUAUCCUGUUUCAUUCUUAUCACCUUCAUCAACUACUACAUCAUCUUCAAAUGCCAAUACAUCAAGUUAUUUUACAUUGAAUGCACCUAGUUUCCCUGCCGCUACCUCUUAUACCUCUGCUGAUAAUAUCGUAUGUCCUGAUUGUGUCCUUCAAGCAGUCAAGGUGGCAUCUGCUGUAUUUGCCGGUGAACUUGAUCAGCGGAUCACUUGUACUCAUGAACGAUGUAAUAUCAAGGUCACAUCCAAGAAUGCUCCUAUCAACACUCUCAAGAAUGCUGUCAACGCUAUGGCCGACCAUUUACAAAGUAUCACUGAAGAUGUACUCCAUGUGGCUCAUCAAACUGCUGUGAAAGGAAAAUUAGGGGUUCAAGUACGUUGUGAUCGUCCCAUGAAAGGUGUUUGGCACAAAUUCGUUGUCAAUCUCAAUAGUAUGACCAGAAACCAUUUGGAACAAGUACGUGAUAUAGCCGAUGUCUCUACUGCCAUUGCUCGUGGUGAUCUUAGCAAAGCAAUGACUGUACCGGUCAAAGGAGAAACUUUAGUACUCAAGAAUACAUUCAACACAAUGGUGAAUCAAUUGAAUCUAUUUGCGUCUGAAGUUUCACGUGUGGCCCAUGAAGUUGGAACAGAAGGAAAAUUAGGUGCUCAAGCAAAAGUGGCUGGUGUAGAUGGUAUAUGGAAAGAACUGACAGAUAAUGUAAAUACAAUGGCUGCCAAUUUGACAAAUCAAGUUCGAGAUAUUGCUCAAGUAUCAAAGUCUGUUGCCCGUGGUGAUUUAACCAAAAAGGUUACUGUCGAAGUUAAAGGGGAAAUGCUGGAUUUGAAAAACACUAUUAACACCAUGGUUGAUCAGCUGUCUAUAUUUGCUACAGAAGUCACUCGUGUUUCCUUAGAAGUUGGUACAGAUGGUAUAUUGGGUGGACAGGCUGUUGUCAAAGACGUGGCUGGUACAUGGAAAGACCUAACAGACAAUGUCAAUAUGAUGACUUACAAGAUUACAGGACAAGUACGGGAUAUUGCUGUUGUAGCCAAGGCUGUUGCUUGUGGUGAUCUUACAAAGAAAGUCAAAGCUAAUGCCCAAGGAGAAGUUUUGGAAUUGAAAAACACUAUGAAUCAAAUGGUGGACCAAUUGACAUUAUUUGCAGCAGAAGUACGAAGGGUAUCACUUGAAGUCGGUGUAGAAGGGAAACUUGGCGGGCAAGCAAACGUCAAGGAUGUGGGUGGGGCAUGGAAAGAUCUUACCGAUAAUGUGAAUACUAUGGCAGCCAAUCUAACAACACAAGUACGAUCUAUUGCUGGAGUGACCAAGGCGGUGGCGAUGGGUGAUCUAUCCAAGAAAAUCGAUGUAGAAACACGUGGAGAAAUCCUGGAUUUGAAGAAUACAGUGAACGACAUGGUGGAUCAGUUACGUGUAUUUUCAACCGAAGUGACACGCGUAGCAAAAGAAGUCGGCACCGAAGGAAAACUAGGCGGACAGGCCCGUGUACCGAAUGUGGAUGGCACUUGGAAGGACUUGACUGACAAUGUAAACACGAUGGCAACCAAUCUGACCAAUCAAGUACGAUCUAUUGCUGUUGUUACAAAAGCAGUGGCAAAUGGCGAUCUCUCCAAAAAAAUCAUGGUGAAUGUCAGUGGUGAAAUCUCUGAUCUCAAGGAUACCGUCAACAACAUGGUGGAACAACUUCGAGUAUUUGCAUCUGAAGUCACUCGUGUGGCUCGCGAAGUAGGAACUGAAGGAAAGCUAGGUGGUGAGGCCAAUGUACCGAGUGUCAGUGGUACCUGGAAAGAUUUGACAGACAAUGUGAACACAAUGGCGGCAAAUCUGACAACGCAAGUACGAUCGAUUGCAGUGGUGACCAAAGCAGUGGCAAAGGGUGAUCUGUCCAAAAACAUUGAUGUCGAAGCACGUGGUGAAAUUUUGGAUCUCAAGAAUACUGUCAACAACAUGGUGGCUCAACUCAAUGUAUUUGCUGCUGAAGUCACUCGUGUCGCAAAAGAAGUAGGAACAGAGGGCAAGUUAGGUGGUCAAGCUUUAGUACCGAAUGUGGAUGGCACUUGGAUGGACUUGACGGAUAAUGUAAAUCAAAUGGCAGCCAAUCUGACUACUCAAGUACGAUCCAUUGCAGAAGUGACCAAAUCUGUAGCUAUGGGAGAUCUAUCAAAAAAAAUCGAAGUAGAAACACGUGGUGAAAUCCUUGAACUCAAGAAUAUUGUCAAUGAUAUGGUGGACCAACUACGUAUCUUUGCAUCUGAGGUGACACGAGUGGCGAAAGAAGUAGGAACAGAAGGCAAACUAGGUGGUCAAGCACUUGUACCGAAUGUGGGUGGAACAUGGAUGGAUCUUACCGACAAUGUGAACCAUAUGGCGGCGAAUCUUACAACACAAGUACGAUCGAUUGCUGGUGUGACCAAGGCAGUGGCGAUGGGUGAUUUGUCAAAGACGAUUGAUGUGGAAACCCGUGGUGAAAUCCUGGAGCUCAAGAAUACAGUGAAUGACAUGGUGGGUCAGCUUCGUAUCUUUGCAUCUGAAGUCACUCGUGUAUCCAAAGAAGUCGGUACUGAAGGCAAACUAGGUGGACAAGCUGUUGUACAAGGCGUUGCUGGUACUUGGCAUGAACUUACUGAUAAUGUGAACAUUAUGGCAGCAAAUCUUACCAAUCAAGUACGAUCUAUUGCUGAAGUUACCAAGGCGGUUGCGAAUGGGGAUCUUUCCAAAAAGAUUGAAGUGGAAUCUGGUGGUGAAAUCUUGGAACUUAAAAACAUUGUCAACAACAUGGUGGACCAACUACGUAUCUUUGCAUCUGAAGUCACACGUGUGUCGAAGGAAGUCGGUACUGAAGGAAAACUGGGUGGUCAGGCGGUCGUACAAGGCGUCGCAGGCACGUGGAACGAACUCACAAACAAUGUCAACAUCAUGGCUGCUAAUCUUACAACUCAAGUACGAUCGAUUGCUGAAGUGACAAAGGCUGUAGCGUUAGGUGAUCUAUCAAAAAAAAUCGAUGUAGAAACACGUGGUGAAAUCCUUGAACUGAAGAAUAUUGUCAAUGAUAUGGUCGAUCAACUACGUAUUUUUGCAUCUGAAGUAACUCGUGUAUCCAAAGAAGUAGGCACUGAAGGCAAACUUGGUGGUCAAGCUGUUGUCAAGGGUGUCGCUGGUACUUGGUAUGAAUUGACAGACAAUGUAAACAUCAUGGCAGCAAAUCUUACAAAUCAAGUGCGAUCCAUCGCUGAAGUUACCAAGGCAGUAGCGUUAGGUGAUCUAUCGAAAAAAAUUGAAGUAGAAUCUGGUGGUGAAAUCCUUGAACUCAAAAAUAUUGUCAACAACAUGGUGGAUCAACUAAGAAUCUUUGCAUCUGAAGUGACCCGUGUAUCAAAAGAAGUAGGUACAGAAGGCAAACUUGGUGGUCAAGCUGUUGUUCGAGGGGUUGCUGGUACUUGGUAUGAGCUCACAAGUAAUGUCAACAUCAUGGCAGCCAAUCUUACGAAUCAAGUACGAUCGAUUGCAGAGGUAACCAAGGCAGUAGCAUUAGGUGAUCUUUCGAAAAAGAUUGAAGUAGAAUCUGGUGGUGAAAUCCUUGAACUCAAAAAUAUUGUGAAUGACAUGGUGGAUCAACUACGUAUUUUUGCAUCCGAAGUAACUCGAGUGGCUCGUGAAGUCGGUACUGAAGGAAAACUUGGUGGACAAGCUAUGGUGCAUGGUGUAGCAGGAACGUGGAUGGAUUUGACUGACAACGUGAACACAAUGGCGGCCAAUCUGACAACACAAGUACGAUCCAUUGCUGAAGUUACCAAAGCGGUUGCUCUGGGUGAUCUAUCAAAAAAAAUCGAAGUAGAAUCCGGUGGUGAAAUCCUAGAUCUCAAAAAUACUGUCAACAACAUGGUGGGACAACUACGUAUCUUUGCGUCUGAAGUCACACGUGUAUCCAAGGAAGUAGGUACUGAAGGAAAACUCGGUGGCCAAGCAAUGGUCGAAGGUGUGGCUGGUACAUGGCUUCAUCUCACUGACAAUGUCAACAUCAUGGCUGCAAAUCUUACCAAUCAAGUACGAUCGAUUGCUGAAGUGACCAAAGCAGUAGCAUUAGGUGAUCUUUCGAAAAAAAUUGAAGUGGAAUCUGGUGGAGAAAUCCUUGAACUCAAAAAUAUUGUCAACAACAUGGUGGAUCAACUAAGAAUCUUUGCAUCUGAAGUGACCCGUGUAUCAAAAGAAGUAGGUACAGAAGGCAAACUUGGUGGUCAAGCUGUUGUACAAGGUGUCGCUGGUACAUGGAAUGAACUUACAAGUAAUGUCAACAUCAUGGCGGCCAAUUUAACCAGUCAAGUACGAUCGAUUGCUGAAGUAACCAAGGCAGUAGCAUUAGGUGAUCUUUCGAAAAAAAUUGAAGUAGAAUCUGGUGGUGAAAUCCUUGAACUCAAAAAUAUUGUGAAUGACAUGGUGGAUCAACUAAGAAUCUUUGCAUCUGAAGUAACUCGAGUGGCUCGUGAAGUCGGUACCGAAGGAAAACUUGGUGGACAAGCUAUGGUGCAUGGUGUAGCUGGUACUUGGAUGGAUUUGACUGACAAUGUGAAUACGAUGGCAACCAAUUUGACAACUCAAGUACGAUCGAUUGCUGUGGUGACCAAAGCUGUGGCAAAGGGUGAUCUAUCAAAAAACAUUGAUGUCGAAGCACGUGGUGAAAUUUUGGAUCUCAAGAAUACUGUCAACAACAUGGUGGCUCAACUCAAUGUGUUUGCUGCUGAAGUCACUCGUGUCGCAAAAGAAGUAGGAACGGAUGGCAAGUUAGGUGGUCAAGCUUUAGUACCGAAUGUGGAUGGCACUUGGAUGGACUUGACGGAUAAUGUAAAUCAAAUGGCAGCCAAUCUUACUACUCAAGUACGAUCCAUUGCAGAAGUGACCAAAUCUGUAGCUAUGGGAGAUCUAUCAAAAAAAAUCGAAGUAGAAACCCGUGGUGAAAUCCUUGAACUCAAGAAUAUUGUCAAUGAUAUGGUGGAUCAACUACGUAUCUUUGCAUCUGAAGUAACUCGUGUAUCCAAAGAAGUAGGUACUGAAGGAAAACUUGGUGGUCAAGCCGUUGUCAAGGGUGUCGCUGGUACUUGGUAUGAAUUGACAGACAAUGUAAACAUCAUGGCAGCCAAUCUUACGAAUCAAGUACGAUCCAUUGCAGAAGUCACCAAAGCAGUAGCAUUAGGCGAUUUAUCGAAAAAAAUUGAAGUGGAAUCUGGUGGAGAAAUCCUGGAACUCAAAAAUAUUGUCAACAACAUGGUGGAUCAACUACGUAUCUUUGCAUCUGAAGUCACACGUGUAUCAAAAGAAGUAGGUACAGAAGGCAAACUUGGUGGUCAAGCUGUUGUUCGAGGGGUUGCUGGUACGUGGUAUGAAUUGACAAGCAAUGUCAACAUCAUGGCAGCCAAUCUUACGAAUCAAGUACGAUCGAUUGCAGAGGUAACCAAGGCAGUAGCAUUAGGUGAUCUUUCGAAAAAGAUUGAAGUAGAAUCUGGUGGUGAAAUCCUUGAACUUAAGAAUAUUGUCAACAACAUGGUGGAUCAACUACGAAUCUUUGCAUCUGAAGUGACUCGUGUAUCGAAAGAAGUAGGUACAGAAGGCAAACUAGGUGGACAAGCCGUGGUACAAGGUGUAGCUGGUACAUGGAACGAACUUACGGACAAUGUGAACAUCAUGGCAGCCAAUCUGACUAGUCAAGUGCGAUCCAUUGCAGAGGUGACAAAAGCGGUAGCAAAUGGUGAUUUAUCAAAGAAGAUUCAUGUGGAAACACGUGGUGAAAUUUUGGACUUGAAGAUCACGGUGAACUCGAUGGUGGAUCAACUACGUAUUUUUGCCUCUGAAGUAACUCGAGUGGCUCGUGAAGUCGGUACCGAAGGCAAGCUAGGUGGACAAGCUAUGGUACAUGGUGUUGCUGGUACUUGGAAGGAUUUGACGGACAAUGUGAAUAUGAUGGCUGGGAAUCUGACGGCACAAGUACGAUCAAUUGCAGAUGUUACAACGGCAGUAGCUCAAGGUGAUUUAUCAAGGAAAAUUGUCGUUGAAGUGCAAGGUGAAAUUCUACAACUCAAGGAAACGGUGAAUUCUAUGGUAGAUCAACUACGUAUUUUUGCGUCUGAAGUAACCCGAGUGGCUCGUGAAGUGGGUACUGAAGGAAAACUUGGUGGACAAGCAACAAUUGUUGGUGUUGAUGGUACUUGGAAAGAUUUGACUGAUAAUGUGAAUUUGAUGGCAAGCAAUUUGACUGAUCAAUUACGUGCGAUUGCAGCAGUGUGUAAAGCUGUUGCUCAAGGUGAUCUAUCCAAGAAGAUCGAAGUGGAAGUACAUGGAGAAAUUGCUGAACUCAAGAAUACAAUUAAUACCAUGGUGGAUCAACUUAGUUCGUUUGCUUCCGAAGUGACUAGGGUAGCUCGUGAAGUCGGUACAGAGGGCAAAUUAGGUGUACAAGCUCAAGUGAUGGAUGUCGAAGGUGUAUGGCGUGAAAUCACCAGUAAUGUGAAUACCAUGGCGUCUAAUCUGACAACACAAGUACGUGCAUUUGCGCAAAUCUCGGCUGCAGCAACAGAAAACGAUUUCUCUCGACUGAUCACUGUAGAAGCGUCUGGUGAAAUGGAUUCUUUGAAAACCAAGAUCAAUCAAAUGGUGGGCUCAUUGCGUGAUGCCAUCCAAAAGAACAGGCAAGCUCGUGAAGCCGCUGAACUAGCAAACCGAUCCAAGAGUGAAUUUUUGGCUAACAUGUCCCACGAAAUCCGUACUCCCAUGAAUGGUAUUAUUGGUAUGACCUCCUUGACCUUGGAAACCGAACUUUCUCGUCAACAACGUGAAAAUCUGAUGAUUGUUUCUAGUCUGGCCAACAGUCUUCUGACCAUCAUUGAUGACAUUCUUGAUAUCUCAAAGAUUGAAGCUGGACGAAUGACAAUUGAAUCCAUUCCCUUCUCCUUACGUUCUGCCAUCUUUAGUGUGCUCAAAACCCUGGCUGUCAAGGCAAAUCAGAAAAAACUGGAUCUUAUCUACAACGUCGAUCGUGCUAUUCCUGAUCAAUUGAUUGGUGAUCCUCUUCGUUUACGUCAAGUGAUUACGAAUUUGAUUGGUAACGCUGUCAAAUUUACUACUCAAGGUGAAGUUGUACUUCAAACAAGAACUGUGGCCACGGAUGGCAAUCAUGUACGUUUGGAACUCUGUGUCAGCGAUACAGGUAUUGGUAUUCAAGAAGACAAGCUACAUGUGAUUUUUGAUACUUUCUGUCAAGCGGAUGGUAGCACAACUCGUGAAUAUGGUGGUACUGGUCUUGGUUUAUCUAUUUCCAAACAUUUGGUUCAAUUGAUGGGAGGCAAUCUCUGGGUAGAAUCCAAUUAUGGUCGUGGGUCCCAAUUUUACUUUACAAUGAAUGUCAAUCGAUUUGAUUUGGGCAAGCAAGAAGUGAUAGACAAGAUGCAACGAUUUGCUGGUCGACGCGUGCUUUUCUUGGAUAGUAUGAAUGAUCAAACAGGUGUAUUGGAACGCAUUCAAGAAUUAGGACUUCAAACAUACCGAGUGACCACCGUCGCUGAAGCCACUGAUAUAGCUAAUGCCAACACAAGUAGAAAACAACCUGCACCGUUCUUUGAUAUGGUGAUAUUGGACAAGAUGCGUUAUGCCAACAAGGUGCGUGAAAUCGUGCCAUUGAGGUAUACUCCCAUUGUGUUGAUUGCUCCUGAAACACAUUUGCUGAACAUGAAGCUCUGUAUUGAUCUUGGUAUCACUGGCUACAUCAACUCACCUGUCAACUUGGCUGAUCUCUCUGAUGCGAUCCUUCCAGCACUGGAAAGUCAUGCCGCCCUUCCUAGUGAUGCCUCCAAGACAGUACCUUUGGAAAUCCUGCUUGCUGAAGACAAUGUGGUCAAUCAAAAACUGGCAGUGCGUAUAUUAGAGAAGUUUGGUCAUCAUGUCAAGAUCGUAGGCAAUGGCAAAUUGGCCGUGGAAGCGUUUGAAACUCAACCGUUCGAUAUGAUUCUGAUGGAUGUACAAAUGCCUGUCAUGGGUGGAUUCGAAGCAACUCAAAAGAUUCGUGAAAUUGAACAAUCCUCUGAUAUGGGUCGAAUUCCUAUCAUUGCUCUUACUGCUCAUGCUAUGAUUGGUGAUCGUGAUCGUUGUAUGCAAGCUGGCAUGGAUGAAUAUGUAACAAAACCUUUAAGAUUCCCUGAAUUGAUUGCUGCUAUCAAGAAAUUUGCUCCUCAAUCUGCUCAUAUGAUGAUGGAACGACCUAGCAAACCCUAGUUUUAUGAUACCUUUGUACAUUUUUUUUUUUGGUCAUCUUUUUUUAUCUAUGGAUUGAUUAUUAUUUUUAUUAUUAUUAUUAUUUAUCUUUUUUUUUUAUGUGUAUAUUUAUAUAUAUCAUCUUCAC